AUGAUUCACCUGGAGACGGGCGGCAGCUUCCCUCAUUGGCCUUCAGACGCUCGGACCCACAAGGUUAUGAAACAACUUUUACUUUUAUCCGUAUGCGCACGUCCCUCGGUGCUACCCGGCGCCCACUCUCCGAGGCCCAGGUGGCAGGGAGGUGGCCCACAGGAGCGGAGAUCGUGGGCGUCCUUGUCCCGGCGGGGGUCCUCGAGCCCUCGGACCUCGUGCAGGCAGGAGCCAGCCAGGCUCCCAGCUCUGCAGCGCCGCCGCGUGGGGUGGCCAGGGUCCCGCGUGCCCGGCGGUAGCGGCGCGGGGGAGGCGCGCGGGCCUGGGCGGCGCGGAGCAGAGCUGAGCAGAGCGGAACAGCCGCGUCCGCCCCCGCCGGGCCGCGCGCAGCCGAGUCAGGAGCCGCGAGCGCGCGCCCAGCGCAGGGCCAGCGCGGCGCCCGAGGGUCGCGCCCGCGUCCGUGUCCAUCCCCCGGCCGCAGACCCCGCGCUCCCCGCGCCCUACCGCCACCUGCUGCGCAGCGCCGCUGGCUCUCGACGCUGCGGCCGGGGGUCAGCGCGCACCCCGGCAAAGCAGCCCCCCGCGUGUCCCCGCGGACUGAGAGCUCUUCCCGGCACGCUCGCCAAGCACAGCCACGCUCCGGUGCCAGGUACCUGGGACGGUCUGAAAUGGCGUGGCCACACAGCACGCGUGGGGCGCAGACCUAAGAGGUUGAAGGGAGCCGGGUUACGGGGGGAGAGUCUUGACGCGUUCUCGAAGUCGCGUCCUGACGUGGAGCUGGGGAGGUGGUGGCGAGCAGAGCUCUGGUAG